UCGGGCUAUGUGUGACACCCCUCGCGGUACUCGCAGCUGCAUAUGGUUGGGUCCUUCGCCAGGCUAUGUUUGUUUGUGCGAAGCGCUCGAGUCAUAGUUGGAUUAUACUUUGAUAUAUGGCAGAGGACGUGCUGCCCCUAUCUUUGUUUUCACGCGCUCACCCCUUUUCACAUUUGCGGAGUUAUGUUGCCUGGGCCAAGCACAGGUAGAACGUCCAAGGAAAGCGACACAGAGGACUCACUGGGUUUGGAUAUUGGCUUGGAUAUUGGCUAGGGAGGGAACGUGAAUAGUAGUGGGGCCAAGAGGGAUGGACAUGAUGGCAUACCGAUGGGGGAAGAUACCAGCGAGCAGGUUCCCCAUCGACCUGUAGAGCAAGCACGAUUUCGACACGACAGCUCCUCCGAUCAUGAAUCUGGCUUUUCCGUUCUGCUCGCCACUCUUACCCUCGUAGUCCCUGGCUUUGGACACACAGUGAUGAUCGGCGGCCUUUGGUCGCAAACAUGUUCACAUCUCGCUUCGUGGAACUCUGCAUCGCAUCCUGGCGUUUCCGAGCGACCCCGAGCCAUCCGCACGGCGUAUCAUAUUUACGCUGGCCCGCCGCUGGGCGACGUCCGAUCGAUCCCCGCAGACGACCUCAGAGCAUCUGCAGCUAGGCGCCGACUCAACCGGCAUCAGCUCGUUCAUGCACUGGCUGGUCAUGCGGCCAGCUUUCGACUUAUUUUUCGGAGUUCUCAUCCUCCUCAACACCAUAGGGAUGGUGAUCGAGGAGCAGUUCAACGGCGCCCAAGUAGGCUACAGCAUCGGCUUCUACGAGUACUACGGCUCCGACGAGUGGGCACAACACACAUACCCAGAAUCGUGGUUCCAUGCGGGCGAGGUGGUGUUCGCCUGCCUCUUCAGCGUCGAGGUGAUCCUGAGGAUGUUAGGGAUGGGCUUCCGCUUCUUUAGGCGGCCCGUUGAGGUAUUCGACCUGGUAGUGGUGAUCUUGUCGGAUCUCAGCGUCGCAUUCAGCAGCAGCUCCAGUACUACUUUCGAAGACGUGGAGUUGCUCCGACUACUGCGGGCUGCGAAGUUGCUGCGGCUGUUGAAGCUUGUCAGAGCCAUUGAGGGGUUCGACGCCCUCCACCUCAUGAUGACGGCGCUUAUGUCGUCCACAUGGGCACUCUGUUGGUCCGUCCUGCUGUUACUGAGCAUUAUGACCUUUAUCGCCAUGAUCACCACGAACCUUUUCCGUGCAUUGUACUUGGAGGAUGAUAAUCAGACCCUGUCCGACGAAAACAAGGAAUACCUCUUCCAGUACUGGGGGACGUUCGGCCGCUCCAUGCUGUCGCUAUUCGAGCUGGCCCUGGCGAAUUGGACGCCGAUCUGCCGUUGGCUCAUGGACAACCUGCACGAGGCGUUCAUGGUCGCUGCGCUCUCGUUCAAGCUCGUGAUGGGCAUCGCCGUGGCCACGGGGGGCCCGACAGCGAACCCGCCCCCGCCCACUGGCCUCUUGGACUUGCCCUCCCAACCUUCACACAUGAGUCGGCCUCCCUCUGCGUUGCCCUGCUCUCUGGCUGCCCCCCGCUUCCCCGCACCCCUUCUUUUCCAUCCCAGCUUGGACCCUCAGAGGUAUCCUCUUCAAAGGGGCUGGUUUUCCAUCCUGCGUUGUUUUUUGAUUGGCCCAGGGCUUGUCAGGCGCCCCCGAGGGGCCGGAAAUUCUCAGACUCUUCCAUUUUUUUUGUUGUUGCUCGGCGCGCGGGGAUUCGGGCCCCUUUUUUUCCGACGCGAGGGGGACUGUGCCGCUCUUUCCCCCUAUUCCCCCUCCUUCCCAGGACCUGCUCAUGUGGAAACCAUGCUGGUUUUUAUUGUUUAUAGGUUUAGCAUGAUGUAUGACCGUGGAAGAUGCCCGUUGACCCAUUGACCAAGGAUGACAUAACCAAAGUGAGCGCGGUUUGUUUCAUUUGAUGGCCUCCGGAAAGCUUCUGCUGGUCGACGAGGCCAACGAGCUAGUCGACAGACGUGUCGAGCCGAAGAGCAAGGGUCGUUCUCAAGCCGCCUCCGCUAGGGUCAUCUGCUCGGGCUAAGGAAGAGAUAUCGUAAACCUCCUUCGUCGAACGUGAGGGUGUCUCCUCGUCGGGCCCGGGAACCCACUAAUGCCUUUCCUCACUCCUCUCCUCCUCUCUUGUACGCCGUAAUUUGCUUUGCCCGUGCUGUUCCAGUCUUGUCGCGCCAGAGGUGGAGCUACCUACCUCUGACCUGCGGAAGAGAGCAGAGUGAGGAAACUGCGUUCACGGGACGUUUUAGCCUGCUAAACCUAUGAGAGAAUUUGACUUGUGUA